UUAGGCUCUAUUUGAUUGCGUGUUCUAAAGAAAGUUAAGCCGAGUGGAAACCAUCACAGCCAAAAUUAACAAAGUCUAUACAGCUUUGUAUCCUCCUCAAACUGAAAUCGACCAUCAAAACACGUCCAGCGCCACAUUCGUUUCGGCGUUUUGGUGGCUAAAUCAAAUCCUUUGGGACCGUUUCGGGGCGAAUGGAGGUAUAUAUGGUUGUACGCCGUAAGAAAACAACCAUUCACCUGAGUGCUAAGGAAACGAGUCUCGUUCUCGAGGUGAAGAAAAUGAUUGAAGGGAUUCUCAAAGUAAAGCCCGAAGAUCAAAUGCUUUUAAAGCAUCAGACCGAAAUGGAUGAUGAAAAAACACUGAGUUACUAUAAUCUAAAUAGCCAAACAGCAAGGGCUCAUACACCGGCAACACUUGGACUAUGCUUACGUGAUCCAGCCACUGAAAAGUUCGAGACACUGGACAUUACACCAUAUUCAAAUCCUCCAGAAUUACCAGAAGUUAUGCGUUCUCAGGAAAACUUACCACCACAAAGUGCUCCAGAACUUGUAGGCCAAGCGAAACCAUAGUUUUUUCAUUUUCACCUCAGAAGACAAUCGACGUUUUCUUUUCAAAAUUGUACCAUAUAGCCUAUGACUUGCUAGACUACCAUUGUUUUCUUACAGUUAGUUAACAUUUGCAUGUAAGCCCGGUUUGUGUUUAUUUUCAAGCUCUCAUGUGUAAUUUAAGCGAUUGUACCGGUAUAAAUAACCAUCCACUCUAAUAUGGGGUUUCUAUGAAAUUGAAAUGAAUAAUACGAUUCUGCCGAGCACCAUCCAUUGUAUGGGUAUACGUAAUCAGAAAUUUAUUACAAACAAAACUUUUUCAAACCAGAGUUAGGUUGUUUCACUCUACAUGUUUCUGACUCUAUGGUACUUAUAACACCCGCCCAGGUUUCUGUUAUCUCAUCUAUUCUCUUAAAAUACUAUUAUUUUGCUUGUUUUCUCUUACUGAAAAGUUAUCCUUUUUAUGAUUUAUUCAUGAACACACUAUUCCAAGUGUGCAGGUAUACGAUGGUCAUAAGAACGAUCAGAUGGAAGACAACCUCAAACUUAAUGAUUUACCUAAUAAAUAAUAUUAUAUAAUAAAGUCAUCUACAAAGUUUAAUUUUGCUAAAACAAACUGCAACAUAAGUAU